GAUCCCCCUCUUCUCCUUUCCGUGCUAGGCCCCUCCUCCGCCACGGCCAGGGGGAAGCCAGCCGCGCGGGGCCUUGCACCUCGACAUCAGGGUCCUGCACCCCGAGAUUGGAUGAAGAGACCUGGAAGAGCCUGGGGAUCCUGACCAAGACCAGCCAAGCUACCUGAGAUUCGGCCGUGGGAGACCCUCCCUCUCCACCAAGACCUGGACCCUGAGCCCCAGUCAGUGUCUGGGGUUAGAAUCUCCUCAGUCCAUAGGACCUCCCUCCACCCUACCCCCCUCCCCAAGAUUUGGCAGCUGAAUUCCAUCAUUUACCUUAUGGACCCCAAGAUUUGGAGCUGGAACCCCAGGAUUUGAUACCUGAGUUGGCCCCUCCCCAGAUCUGGAGCUGAACUCUGAAUUCUCAGCCUGGCCUGGCACCUUGAAAUCUGGGACUUGAUUGCCAAAUCCAUACCCUGGAAACCCACUAUUUGGGAACUGAACCCUGAGAUUUAGGCCUCAGAUUCCAAGAUCUGAAUUCAGGACUUCCAAGGAAGCCUUAACCUAAAUGUGGACCAGAGAAGUCCUUGCUGCAGACCCAGACCUACAGCUAGAGACCUCCACAUUCUGAUUGAGCACCCCAAUAUCUGAACGCAGAGUCCUAAUAUCAGAUUGCAGGAUUGGACUUGGGACUAAUAUCUUGAAUUUCCCUUUUUUGGCUUCUGGACAUUGCAAGGCUGAAGCUGGGGAGAUCUGACCCAGAAUAACCCGAAUGAGGACCUGAGUCUCUCAAACUGGACCCUUAGAGGCACCCAUAUUUGGAAGUCUGGGACCCUAAGUAUCAGAGUCUGGAGACUCCAUGGCCACAGAUUUUUAAGCAAGACACCACACUCCCUCUGCAGAAGCCUUGGGGAUGGGGAAGGGCUGUUCAAAUGCCCCCUGCCAGAGCCCUGACCUCUGACCCCCUUGGAGCCUGAGGACUCUGCUCCCCAGGGUGGCUUCCAGUUCAGGCCACCCCCGCCCGCGAUGGCCGUCUUUCCAUUGCUUCUUUGCCUGCUCCCGCUGGCUCCUGCCUCAUCUCCACCUCAGCCGGCCACCUCCAGCCCCUGCCCCCGCCGCUGCCGCUGCCAGACUCAGUCACUGCCCUUGAGUGUGCUGUGCCCGGGGGCUGGCCUCCUGUUCGUGCCUCCCUCGCUGGAUCGCCGGGCGGCCGAGCUGCGCCUAGCAGACAACUUCAUUGCCUCGGUCCGCCGCCGGGAUCUGGCCAACAUGACGGGCCUGCUGCACCUGAGCCUGUCCCGGAACACCAUCCGCCACGUGGCAGCCGGCGCCUUCGCCGACCUGCGCGCCCUGCGCGCGCUGCACCUGGACGGGAACCGGCUGACCUCGCUGGGCGAGGGGCAGCUGCGCGGCCUGGUCAACCUGCGCCACCUCAUCCUCAGCAACAACCAGCUGGCGGCCCUGGCGGCCGGCGCCCUGGACGACUGUGCCGAGACGCUGGAGGAUCUCGACCUGUCCUACAACAACCUGGAGCAGCUGCCCUGGGAGGCCUUGGGCCGCCUGGGCAACGUCAACACGCUGGGCCUCGAUCAUAACCUGCUGGCUUCCGUGCCCGCCGGCGCCUUUUCCCGCCUGCACAAGCUGGCCCGGCUGGACAUGACCUCGAACCGCCUGACCACCAUCCCCCCGGACCCCCUGUUCUCCCGCCUGCCGCUGCUGGCCAGGCCCCGGGGCUCCCCGGCCUCGGCGCUGGUGCUGGCCUUCGGGGGGAACCCCCUGCACUGCAACUGUGAGCUGGUGUGGCUGCGGCGCCUGGCGCGCGAGGACGACCUGGAGGCCUGCGCCUCGCCGCCCGCGCUGGGGGGCCGCUACUUCUGGGCCGUGGGGGAGGAGGAGUUCGUGUGCGAGCCCCCCGUGGUGACCCACCGGUCGCCCCCGCUGGCCGUCGCCGCGGGCCGGCCCGCCGCCCUGCGCUGCCGGGCCGUGGGGGACCCCGAGCCCCGAGUGCGCUGGGUGUCGCCCCAAGGCCGCUUGCUGGGCAACUCCAGCCGGGCCCGGGCCUUCCCCAACGGGACGCUAGAGCUGUUGGUCACGGAACCGGGCGACGGUGGCGUGUUCACCUGCAUCGCCGCCAACGCGGCUGGCGAGGCCACGGCGGCCGUGGAGCUGACCGUGGGCCCGCCCCCGCCCCCCCAGCUCGCCAACAGCACCAGCUGCGACCCCCCGCGGGACGGGGACCCCGACGCCCUCACCCCGCCCUCGGCGGCCUCGGCCUCGGCCAAGGUGGCCGACACCGUGCCGCCCACCGACCGCGGCGUCCAGGUGACCGAGCACGGGGCCACCGCCGCCCUAGUGCAGUGGCCCGAUCAGAGGCCCAUCCCCGGUAUCCGCAUGUACCAGAUCCAGUACAACAGCUCGGCCGACGACAUCCUCGUCUACAGGAUGAUCCCAGCAGACAGCCGCUCCUUCUUGCUGACCGACCUGGUGUCAGGCCGGACCUACGAUCUGUGUGUGCUGGCUGUGUACGAGGACGGGGCCACGGGGCUGACGGCCACGCGGCCCGUGGGCUGUGCCCGCUUCUCCACCGAGCCUGCUCUACGGCCCUGCGGGGCCCCACACGCGCCUUUCUUGGGGGGCACCAUGAUCAUCGCCUUGGGGGGCGUCAUCGUGGCCUCUGUCCUGGUCUUCAUCUUCGUGCUGCUCAUGCGCUACAAGGUGCACGGAGGCCAGCCCCCUGGCAAGGCCAAGACCACCGCACCGGUCAGCAGUGUUUGCUCACCCAAUGGCACCCUGGGCCCCACGCCUGCGGUGCCCACUUCCGAGCCCACUGCCCCCAGGGCCCACACGGUGGUCCAGCUGGAUUGCGAGCCCUGGGGGUCCAGCCACGAACCUGCGGGACCCUAGCUGGGCAGUCAUCUCUACUGGCUCUCUUUGGCCACACAUGGACAGCAGGACUGAGAUCCCACGAGGCACCUAGCCUCAGACUCACCAAAAUUGCUCACGGUUUUUAAAAACUCGGAUGGGGAGGGCUUCCGGGGCACCAGGGCACAACAAGAAAGUCCUAUUUUUCUAA